UCCCAUUCCAUCCGAGUAGUCUCUGCCAGCCAGCCAGGGAGCUGUCAUCUUGGAGGGAGCUGGGCCUGGAGUGGAGCCAAAGGUUUGGCAUGGAGAGAAUGACACCUAGGGGACCACCUGGCCAUCCUCACCAGGGGGAGACCUCUGCCUGCUGGCAGCUCACCGUGAGGGUCCUGGAGGCGAGGAGCCUGGGCUGGGCUGACCUCUUGGGCGAGGCAGACCCCUAUGUGAUCCUACAGCUGCCAACCGCACCUGGAACAAAGUUUAAGACCAAAACAGUCACCAACUCCAGUCAUCCUGUGUGGAACGAGACUUUCACUUUCCUGAUCCAAAGUCAGGUCAAGAAUGUUCUGGAGCUGAGCAUCUAUGACAAGGAUGCCAUCAAGAAGGACGACGCCUGCUUCAAGGUUCUCUGUGAUGUCUCUGAAGUCCUCCCUGGCAGGUUGCUCCGGAAGACCUUCUCCCUGCAUCCCCAGGGACCGGAGGAGCUGGACGUGGAGUUCCUGAUGGAGAAAACGUCAGGCUGCCCAGAAAACCUCAUCACCAACAACGUGCUUGUGGCCCGAGAACUGUCAUGCCUGGAUAUCCAUCUGGACAGCGCGGGGAGCACAGCCGAGGCUGCAGAUCAGGAUGAGCUGGAACUGGAGCUGGUGCUGAAGGGCUCAUAUGAGGACACACAGACAUCUGCCCUGGGAACAGCCUCUGCCUUCCGCUUCCACUACAUGGCGGCCCAAGAGGCAGAGCUGAGUGGGUGCCUAAGGACCUCUAAAAGCAAUGUCUGGAACUCAGGCAACUCAGUUGGGCACCUCACUAUGCCCCUGAGGUCCUUGGCCAUGGGGAAGGAGGUGACAGUUGACGUUCCUGCUACGAAUGCCCCAGGAGUGAAGCUGCAGCUCAAGGCUGAGAGCUGCCCGAAGGAGCUGGCUGUGCAUCUGGGCUUUGAUUUGUGUGCGGAGGAGAAAGCCUUCCUGAGCAGGAGGAAGCAGGUGGUGGCCAAGGCCCUGAAGCAGGCCUUGCAGCUGGACAGAGACCUACAGGAAGAUGAGGUCCCCGUCGUGGGCAUCAUGGCCACAGGAGGAGGUGCCCGGGCCAUGACCUCUCUCUAUGGCCACCUGUUGGCCCUGCAGAAGCUGGGCCUUCUGGACUGUGUGACCUACUUCAGCGGCAUCUCGGGCUCUACAUGGACAAUGGCCCAUCUGUAUGGGGAUCCUGAGUGGUCGCAGAGGGACCUGAAGGGACCCAUCGGACACGCCCGGGAGCACCUGGCCAAGAGCAAGCUAGAGGCCUUCUCUCCUGCGCGCCUGGCGAGCUACCAUGGGGAGCUGGAGCAACGGGCUGAGCAGGGCCACCCCACGACCUUUGUGGACCUGUGGGGUCUGGUGCUGGAGUUCGCGCUGCACGGACAGGUGAUGGAUCAGAAGCUGUCAGGACAGAGAGCUGCGCUGGAGCGGGGCCAGAACCCUCUGCCCCUCUACUUGAGCCUCAAUGUCAAAAAGAACAAUCUGCAGACCCUGGACUUCAAGGAGUGGGUCGAGUUCUCCCCCUAUGAGGUUGGGUUCCUGAAGUACGGCGCCUUCAUCCCCUCUGAGCUCUUCGGCUCGGAGUUCUUCAUGGGGCGGCUGAUGAGGAGGAUCCCUGAGUCCCGAAUCUGCUUCCUGGAAGGUAUCUGGAGCAACAUUUUCUCCCUGAACUUGCUGGAUGCCUGGUAUGACCUCACCAGCUCCAGUGACACCUGGAAGCAGCACAUCAAGGACAAGCUCAGGAACCUGGAGGAACCCCCUCCCUCCUCGGGGACCUCCUCAGGGCCGGAGGCCUUGUGGCUCCAGCCUGGAACAGCGCUGGCCCAGACAUUGAAGGGCUUCCUGACGAGAAGACCACUCUACCAGCGCAGCUCCAACUUCCUCCAGGGCCUCCAGCUGCACCAGGACUACUGUGCCCAGAAAGACUUCUCCACCUGGGCAGACUGCCAGGUAGUUUCCUCCGCCGGCCAGCUGACCCCACAGGAGCCCCAGCUCUGCUUGGUGGAUGCCGGCUUCUACCUCAACACCAGCUGUCCCUCCAUGUUCCGGCCAGGCCGCAGGCUGGACCUCAUACUAUCCUUCGACUACUCUCUAUCCUCGCCCUUUGAGGUGCUGCAGCAGACAGAGCUAGACUUCCGGGCCCGGGGGCUGCCGUUCCCCCGUGUGGAGCCCAGCCCUCAGGACCGACUCCAGCCCCGGGAGUGCUACCUCUUCUCAGACCCUACCUGCCCUGAUGCCCCUGUCCUGCUUCACUUCCCGCUGGUAAACGCCUCCUUCAAGGACCACUCAGCCCCAGGUGUCCAGCGCAGCCCCGCGGAGCUCCCAGCCGGCCAGGUGGAUCUCACCACGGUCACGUCCCCCUAUUCCAUGUUCAACAUGACCUACAAGGAGGAAGACUUUGACUGCCUGCUGCAGCUCAGUGACUACAACGUACGGAACAGCCAGGGCACCAUCCUGAAGGCUUUGAGGACCUCUCUGAGGCACCGGGCCCCGGGGGCCAGGUCUCCAGGGCCACAGACUUGAGACUUCUCGGGGUCCCCAAGAUUUGAGGGCCACACGCUGAUCCUGGGGGCUGGGGGCUUAACCCCCCUGCAGUGGGUACAGCCAUGGCCCUCACGGGGCUGGAGUUCCUGGGCUGUCCCAGGCCUGGGCCGCCUCUGCGGCUGGUCUCACCGCCCAGAGGGGCUGUGUCCCACCCAGAGUUCUCCCUCACCUUCAUAGCUGGUUUAGGAGGAGCUGACAACAAACUCCUUACCAAGCCAGCAUAUAGAACAGCUGGUUCGACCAAACAUUUACGCAUAGUUCUUUUCACGCCUGAACAGAAUGGAUUUGAGGUGCAAACUGGAGGUGCCAGACCAGGAGUGGGGACAGGCAGGGCAGGGGAGGGCCUGGAAGGUGGCUCCAGGUAUCAGGAAGCACAGUACGUCCUGACAGGCUCCCCUUACUGCCUCGGCUCCUCCUCCUCUUAUACUAUUUUUACGCAACUUUAGUGAGAUAUAAUCCACAUGCCAUAUAAUUCAUCCAUCUAAAGUAUGCAAUUCAGUGGCUUUUACUAUAUAUUCAGAGUUGUGAAAGCACUGCCACAAUCAAUUUGAGAACAUUUUCAUUAACCCAAAAAGGAACCCCUCAUCCCUUAACUGUCAACCUCAAACCACACCCACCCCAGCCCUAGGCAACCACUAAUCUACUUUCUGUUUCUUUAGAUUUGCUUAUUUUGGACAUUUCAUAUAAAUGGAAUCAUAGAAUAUGUGGCCUUUUGUGUCUGGUUUCUUUCACUUAGCAUUAAUAUUUUCAGGAUUCAUCCAUGAUGUAGCAGGUAUCAGUACUUCAUCCCUUUUAUGGCUGUGUAAUACUCCAUUGUAUAGAUAUACCACACUUUAUUCAUGAGUUGAUGGACAUUUGGAUUGUUUCUGCUAUUUUUGGUUAUUAUGAAUAAUGCUGCUAUGAACAUUCAUAUAUUUUUUUUGUGUGGACAAUGUUUUUAAUUCUCUUGCAUGUACACCUAGGAGUGAAAUUGCUGGGUCAUAUGGUAAUUCUUUGCUUAAUCUUUUGAGGAACUGCCAGACUGUUUUCCAAAGUAUCUGCACCAUUUUACAUUCCUGUCAGCAUUGUAUGAGUGUUCCACUUUCUCCACCUCUUUGCCACCUCUUGUUAUUGUCUGUCUUUUUUAUUAUAACUAUCCUAGUGUGUGUGAAGUGGUAUCUUGUAUGCGUUUCCAUAAUGUUGAUGUUAAGGAUCUUUUCACAUAUUUAUUGGCCUUUUGUAUAUCUUCUUCUUUUUUAAAAAAAAUUAAUGUAUGUAUUUAUUUAUUUAUUUUUGGCUGCGCUGGUUAUUCAUUGCUGUGCGCGGGCUUUUCUCUAGUUACAGUGAGCGGGGGCUACUCUUCGUUGCAGUGUGCAGGCUUCUCAUUGCAAUGGCUUCUCUUGUUGUGGAGCAUGGGCUCUAGGCAUGCGGGCUUCAGUAGUUGUGGCACGUGGGCUCAGUAGUUGUGGCUCGUGGGCUCUAGAGCGCAGGCUCAGUAGUUGUGGUGCACGGGCUUAGUUGCUCCACGGCAUGUGGGAUCUUCCUAGACCAGGACUUGAACCCGUGUCCCCUGAAUUGGCAGGUGGAUUCUUUUUUUUUUUUAACAUCUUUAUUGGAGUAUAAUUGCUUUUCAAUGGUAUGUUAGUUUCUGCUUUACAACAAAGUGAAUCAGUUAUACAUAUACAUAUGUUCCCAUAUCUCUUCCCUCUUGCGUCUCCCUCCCUCUCACCCUCCCUAUCCCACCCCUCUAGAUGCAGGUGGAUUCUUAACCACUGUGCCACCAGGGAAGUCCCUGUAUAUCUUCUUUAGAGAAAUAUCUAUUCAGACCUUUUGCCCAUUUUAAUUGGAUUAUUUGUCUUUUUGUGGAAUUGAAAAAGUUCUUUAUAUGUUCUCUGAUCUGAUGUAUGAUUUGCAAAGUUUUUCUCCCAGUCUGUGAGUUGUCUUUUCACUUUCUUGAUGAUAUACUCUGAAGCCCGGAAGUUUCUGAUUUUGAUGGUUCCCAGUUUAUUUAAAUUUUCUUUUGCUGCUUGUGCUUUUGAUGUCGUAUUUAAGAAGCCAUUGCCUAAUCCAAGAUCAUGAAGAUUUACACCUAUGCUUUCUUCUAAGGGUUUUAUCGUUUUAGCUCUUACAUUUAGGUCUUCCAUCAUUUUGAGUUAACAUUUGUAUAUGUGUGAAGUAGGGGUUCAACUUCAUUCUUUUGCAAGUGAAUAUCCAGUUCUUCCAGCCAUUUGUUGAAAAGGCUGUUCUUUUCCCAUUGAAUUGUCUUGACGCCUUCGUUGAAAAUCAGUUAGCUGUAAAUGUGAGCGUUUAUUUCUGGACUCUGAUUCUAUUUCAUUGAUCUAUUUGUCUAUCCUUAUGCUCAUAUCACAGCGUCUUGAUUACGGUAGCUUUGUAGUAAGUUUUGAAAUCAGGAAGUGUGAGUCCUCCAACUUUGUUCUUCCUUUUCAAGAUUGUUUUGGCUAUUCAGGGUCCCUUGAAUUUCCAUAUGAAUAUUAGGGUUAGCUUGUCAAUUUGUGCAAAGAAGAUAGCUGGGGAUUUUGAUGGAGAUUGAAUUGAAUCUAUAGAUGAAUUUGGGGGGCACUGCAUCUUAAUUUUAAGUUUUCCAAUUCAUGAACAUGUGCUGUCUUUACAUUUAUUUAGGUCUUUAAUUUCCUUCUACAGUGUUUUGUAGUUUUCAGUGAGCAAGUCUUACACUUGUUUUGUUAAGUUUAUUCCUAAGUAUUUUAUUCUCUUUAAUGCUAUUAUCAUUUGAGUUCUUUUCUUAAUUUUCUUUUUGAAUUGCUCAUUUCUAUUAUAAAGAAAUAAAAUUGAUGCUUCUGUAUAUUAAUCCUGCAUCCUGUAAUCUUGCUGAACUUGUUUAAUAGCUCUAAUAGUUUUCUCUUUUUUGACUCCUUAAGAUUCUCUACAUAUAAGAUCAUGUCACCUGCAAACAGAGAUGGUUUUACUUCUUUAUUUCUGCUCCAAAUGCCAUUUAUUUCUUUUUCUUUUCCUGACUAGAACAGUAUAAUGUUGAAUAGAAGUGGCAAGAGCAGACAUACUUGUCUUGUACAUAAUAUUGGAAGGAAAGCAUUUUUUCUUAGAUGCUCUUUAGCAGGCUGAGGUAGUUCCCUUCUAUUCCUAGCUCCUUUAGUGUUUUUUUAUCAUGCAAGGUGUUGAAUUUUGUCAAAUGCUUUUUCUGUGUCUAUUGAGACAAAGAUAUUUUUCCCCCUUUGUUCUUUAAUGUGCUCUGUGGCAAUAAUGGAUUUUUUGGAUGUUAAACCAACUUGGCACUACUGGAAUAAAUCCCACUUGGUCAUGGUAUAUAAUCCAGUUUAUGUAUUGCUACUAUACUCACUUAUGGUCUCCCACACUCAAAGGGGACACACACACACAAACUCACAUACAACUCUGGCUGCCCUGGCACCAGGUAGGUGUCACAGUGACAGACCGUGGCCCUCAUCUGAUGACCUCUCCUCAGGACAUCCUUCCCUCUGUCUCUCAUGUAUUUGGCUUUAUUUUGAUUCUACAAUUUCUCCAUUUUAUCACAAACUCUUAUUCUUCAGUGAUGUUGAUGACGGUAUCUACUGGCUUGAGUAGGAAAAAACACUCCAGUUUCUCCUUUAUUUCUCACACAGAACACCUCUGACACUUCUGGUCACCAAAUGAGUGGGGCUUUCUUCCACACCAAGCGAUUCUCUGCAACACCAGCUGGGUGUCCUACAAUUCACCUCAAUUCUGACGCUAUCUACCUGGAGUUAGCAUCAGAUCACAGGUUAAGGGAUCAUCAGCCCCAUGAGACUGCGUCCGCUUCACAUGUCAAUUGCAAGUCCCAGGUUGUUAUCUGUAUUUCUGGCUAGCCAGCUAUAAGUCAGGGUUCCCAUGACCCCUUUCUUGGAUUCAAUAAUUAGCUAGAAUGGCUUACAGGAUACAGGGAAACACGUUUACCAGUUUAUUCGAUACAGAUGAACAGCCUGAAGAAGGAUAUAGGGUGAGGUUUGGAAGGGUCCCAAGUGCAGGAGCUUCUGUCUCCGUAGAGUUGGGUGUGUGUGUGUGUGCAAGCCCCUACAUUGCAGUGGAAAGAGAAUGCUUUUACAGAGAGGAAAAGGAAGCUGGGAGGGCUCUAGUAAACAGAGUCCAUGGCUUUUCAUUGGCUGAGUCCUUGCCAGGAAAGGAGUCUUUCUUCUUCCUUUUGGUCUCUGCUCGUUAUAGUGCAUGAGAACACCCCCUUCUGGCCUCCCGACUCUACCUGAGGUUUCUGUUUAUUAAUUUUUUUACACUGUAAAUCACCUCACACAAGCCCAAAUCCUACAACAAAGCCCUCCUACCUCCUACUUACUGAGACACUCCAUGGUUCCCCACAGUGUACUUUCCUGAGUUCUGUGAGUCAUCCUAGGUCUCCUUGGUUGCAACAAGUACCAAUAAACUCAAA